AUGACUGUUCUUCUUUCCUUUUCAUUUUCAAGUUUUGAAACCCAGAGACGAAAAGGUUGCAGUUCUCUUACAAUGCAAAAUUCAACAUCUCUCUCCAGCGACAUGAUGCAAACAUCCAUUUACUACAGUAAAGCUGCAGAAACUGCAAGGAUGGUCCUCAUGGUCCCAACUGUUCUUUGUUUCUGCUUUUUCCUCUACUUUGCCAUUGUGAUGUUACAUUUCUACUUUACUUCCCCUCGUGUGAAAGAACAUGCUCGCUAUGUGCUCUUUGCCCACAUGCUCAUUAAUGAUACAAUGUAUCUUAGUGUUGCACUCUUUUUUUUACUGGCUACCAUGUUUGUUCUUCCGAUCCCUAUGGCCAUCUGUUAUAUACUGGUCACAUUGGAAGCUUCAUCAUUUAAGAUCACUCCAUACAACCUGGCAUUCAUGGCUCUUGAACGUUAUAUAGCUAUCUGCUUCCCACUGAGGCAUGUAACACUUUGCACUCCACAAAGGUCUAAUGCUGCUAUCGCAUUUAUGUGGGUAAUUGGACUAAUGCCCAGUUUUGUGGAUUUUGUUUCCCUGUGUAUGUCAGUUGAUAAGAACUUCUUCUCUCUUCGUGUUGUCUGUAAUCGGAAUAUUGUGAUGAUAAAUGCUUUUCAAGCAUCUGUAAAAACCUAUACUAUUAUAAUUUCCUUAACUCUUGUAGCUUUGAUAAUUCUGUUCACCUAUGUAAAGGUCAUGUUGGUUGCUCGACAGAUAAGCUCCAGGGGUUCUGCUUUUAAGGCUGCUAAGACUGUUAUGCUUCAUGCAUUCCAGCUCCUCUUGAGUAUAAUAUCUUUAGCUUCUUCCUUUACAGAGCCAUACUUUCGAGAUUAUAUAUUUUUAUUCGUCAUGGCAAACUUUAUCAUGUUUAUGUGUUUACCAAGAUUUCUGAGCCCUUUAAUCUAUGGGAUGAGAGAUGAGGUCUUCAAACAAUGCAUUGGGAAAAUAUUCCCAAAGAACUUCAAACAACAGUGCUGUAAAUUAAGGUCAAAUAAACUUGCUGUACAUGGUUCCUAA